AUGUUAUUAUUUAAAUCGAUAUUAAUUCCUUCUUUUACAUUCUUUUUAAUGAGUGUAUCAGCUUUUCCUGGUGAUACAGAUGGCGGUCCUAGUGGAAAUGGUGGAGUUGGUAGACCUAGUGGAAUUGGUAGAGCAGGUGUGCCUAAUGGAAAUGGUGUGGGUCCAGAUGUUAAUUCUACUAUAAUAUCUCGCGAGUUUAUUUGUGAGAAUUUGGGAGUGUAUAUUGUCAUUAUUGACAUUGCCAUCGAGGCCUGUCCUAAUAUUGCGGAGCUCAAUAAUGUCAAGGAAUCAUUCAGAAAAUACAAAUCUAAUGUUGAUGACUUGAAGCGAAAGAUCUAUAAUAAGGAUGGGUAUUAUAGAAGUCAUUUUGGGGACAUGGUCAGGGAGAUGAAUAGUGCAGUUAGUGAGUUCAAUGACACUUUUAUUGAUCUUUUGGUUACCAGCUUAGAAACUCCAGAUGCCAAAUUUGACGAAAAUAUUAUUUCAAGUUUCAAAUCAUUUAUUUCAACAAUCUCCAAAGUUUCUAAUUCAAUAAUUCUUGGACUAAUGACACUAAUAGUCUUUGUUUAUUUGAUAUUGAUUUAA